GUUUAGAACGUUUCCUGGCCCUAACCCGCACCAGACCUCUCGGGCCAGCGGUGACCAUCUAUCUCUUACACGGACCCAACCCCGAGUCCACACCAAUGGAUCACAUCGCCAGCUGCCUGCUGGAUACUGAUCCUGAACCGGACCUGGACGACCUCUCGUUUGGCCUCAAUAAUUAUAUAGCAAAGGCCGUCGUGACGCCCCAGGACGCCAAUAACGAGUCGAUAGGUAGAUCUUCUUCGCCUUCGGGAGACAAGCCGUUUGCCUGGAGGAUGCAGCAGCAACCAGAGAGGAAAUACCAGCUCUUUCCUAGCGAUAAACAGAUCGCCGCUAUUCCCGCAAAGCCACUGGAUCCUGAGCAGGCAUAUGCCUUGGCUAUGAGCCAGAGCGGCGAGAAGAGCGAGAAGCAGACGGCCGUGACGGGGUUGAGAAUUCGGAUCAAGGACCACAACAAUCUCGUUCGCAGGCGGAAGAUCAGCGUUCCGGAGCUGGGCCCCAUGACGACAGUGCAAGAGGCCGCCAUGGACUCUCCUACGAUUCCAGGACGGCCACCUAUUCACGAGAGGUCGAUAAGCGCGCCGGGCAGUUCGUGGAAGCCGUCUACGCUGGGCGAUUGCAUGACAACGGGGAAGACACCCCCGGGAGGCGAAAGGCCCGAGCUCCGUUCGGCUGGUAGGAGCAACGAAGAACUCCAGCAGCCUGAAACGGAAACGGCUCGGCAGCCGUUGUCGCCAAAGAGCCUGGCGCCUCUUGUGAUUCCUACAUCCAACCCGAGCGCCCCCCGCACAGCCCAACAAGUACCUCUCAGCCGGCUUCGCUCGGGUAGCACCCCAGUCGAAGGGUCAAGCCGUCUGGCGCGGAUUGACGACUCUCCUCGGGGGAAGACGCCUUUCACCCCUCUUUCUGCUUCUCUGACAACGCCGAGAUCAGCCGCCACGACGUUCACGACCGCGUCAACGUUGCCCACUCCGGUUUCCGCCCCCGGGGAGAGCAGAGAAUCGCCUCGACCAUGGGAGAAGCCAACGACGCACCCCCCUGCUGGGACCCAAAAGGCCGUCCCUCCCGAGCCCUCCUCUGCCACGCCCAAGGUGGAAAGCAGCGACCCGCUACAGAAUCACGCUCAUGGGCACCGCAGGCACCAGUCGGAGUCCGGGAGCAUCAUGGACAGAGGUCGGCCGCGGAAGCGGUCCGAAGCCGGCGCGGCUCUUGGGACCGGCCCCAAGCGGUCGGGCUCCAAGAGAAGCAAGAGCACGGAAAGGCAGGCAUUCGAGCGGCUGCCCAAAGGAUGGAAGGCAGACGACGCUGUGAACGUCCUCAGCCCCCCAGAGGUGGCCACGCUGCAAAGGCAGGCCCUUCAGCAAGCGGCUCGGUUCGAAGUCCUCAGAAAGGAAGACGUCGACAGCCUCUCGAGGGUAUGUACGCCCUUGCAUCCUCCAUCCCUAUCCUUAUCCCCCUGUUGCCCCCCCAGCACUGACGUGAACACGCAGGAACUUCGCCACCUGGACGAGCGCACCGAAUAUCUCCGACACACAUACAUGUCGCUCCGAUCCGGAAGGCGAAACCUCCACACGCGCGUCUGCCAGUACCUCCGUUCCGCGCGUACAGCCAAGUUCAGCCACGAAGCCUUCCUCAAGCAGGAGGAGGCCCUUGCGGAGCUUGAUACUUCGAUCGACGAGUGGGCCAGCAAGCUUGAGCAGGCCGAGAACCGACGUACUCGGGUCCGCCAAAAGCUCCUGGAGCAUGUCGCUGCCGCCGUCACUCUGGGUUCGCCCACCGGAAGCGUCGUCGGGGUCAGCGAGAGCCUUCAGCUUGCCCUCGGUGUCGUCCGGCCUCUCAACGCCGCUAGCAUCUCCACGCCGCCUCGGAGCCCAGCCAAGGCUUCUUUCACGCCCGCAUCCUCUUCGUCGCCUUCGCCACACCGGGCUCACGUGCCAUCCACAAUUCUGGAGCAGCCUCUGGUCGAGGAAGCCGCCGACAUGGAUACGAACAAAGCUGCCGAAGAGGGAACAAAGACGCGCCGGGCCGAAACCAUCCGGGUAUACGCCGAUCUCGACAUUCCCGCCCUGCUAAAGGACGUGGAGAACACCAUCGCCAAAAUGGGCGGGCCCGACGCCUCGGCUGAGGGUUCUUCUUGCACGCCGCUGACGGAAGCCGAGCGACGACAGAUCUGCCGCACCCUCAGCCACGAUGCUUUGAAUGGUGGCGCUCCUGCUAGGAAACCUCCGCCUGUUUCUAAACUCGCCGAGAAGCCGUCCUCCUCGUCUCUAACUUCAUCUGCCACCGCUCCGGCACCUGAGCCCGCUCUCGAGGAGGUUUUCCUUACGAGCGCGGUCUUCAAGCCCUCCUGAGGGCAGCCGUCUUACACUUGACAUAUCCGUUCAAAAUUUCAUGAUAGUCCUUGACCGGACGUUCUCACUUCUUCAUCGUUUUGUCAUGAAGACGCUCACGUUCCUUUUGAUAUUGCACGAUGUUGCGGUUGAGCAUAGUACC